AUGAGCCCUUUACCACCCAAAUUGCCCUCCGCCCUGGUGAACAACAUCACCUCGCACACAGGUCCCAUCAACGCCAUCACAUUCUCCUCCCUCGGCGGUAACUACAUCCUCACCGGCAGCUCAGACCGCCAAGUCCACCUGACUCGCACUGAGCCGUCCAAUGCUGAGAACCCUUCCUCCGUACCGAUUCAGAAGUACUCUGCCCACGGCUAUCCCAUUCUCGACAUCGCUUGCGCACAGGACAACCAGACCUUUGCAUCCGUCGGCGGCGACCGCGCCGUGUUUCUCUGGGACGUCCAGGCCGCGGAGGGCACGCUGAGGAGAUUCGGGAACAAUACAACCCAGGGACAUACCAGUCGGAUCACAUGUGUGGCAUUCGCGGGCGACGGGGACGGCGUGCUAGCGAGCGGGAGUGAUGAUACGAGCGUGAGGCUGUGGGAUGUCAAGAGCCGGGAUGCGCGGCCACUCAUGGUUCUCGAAGAGGCAAAAGACGGGAUCUCGAGUCUUGGGGUGCCCGAGAACGGAUACGAGCUGGUCACAGGGAGUAUAGACGGCAGAGUACGGGGGUACGAUGUCCGCACGGGCAAAGUGACCGUGGAUGUGAUGCCGGGAAGCGUGACCAGUCUGGACGUCUCGAGAGACGCAAAAACAGUGCUUGUGGGGUGUCUGGACGGAAGGAUUCGAUUGAUGGAUCGAGGCGACGGAACGUGUCUGAGGGCCUUUCCUCCCGAAGACGCCAGAGGAGAAGGAUACAAGAACGAGAGCCUGAGGCUGAAGAGUUGUCUCGGAGCGAACGACGGCUUGGUGCUGAGUGGGAGCGAGAGCGAUGGCAACGUGCGCGCUUGGGAUGUCCUCUCCGGAAAGAGCGUUGGGAGGGUCCGAGUUAGUGAAACUGACAGAGUGGUCAGUGUCGUCAAGUGGAGAGAAGGGAGCCAGGCCCAAGCGCGACAGAGUCUCUGGGCGGGCGGAGGCGUAGAUGGCGUGGUCAAGAUAUACGGAGAUGGGUGA